AUAACUUACUCUCCUCGACCGUUUUUAUGCCUUUAUACCGACAUUCAUGGAUAAUGACGAGUUCUCCACGCCAGUAUCCGCAUCUCGUAGCUCUGUACCAUGGUCGACCUCUGUGAAGCGAGAUUCGUUGGCAGCAGAUCUAGAACGAGACCCUCAGCUAUCCACUGCGAAACGCAAGCAACGAACACAGGCGUUCCAUUCACAAAUGACGUUUGCCUCACUUGAGAGGCAAGUCGCUUCUCUACAGACAUCCAAAGCCGAGUUGGAGGCAAAAAUACGCGAAAAGGAUGCAGUCAUUGAUAGACUGGAAGGAGACAGGCGGUGGUUGUCAGACCGGGAGAAAGAGGAGCGCGAGGAGAAGGAGCGCGAAAGGAAGGAGCGAGAGGAAGAGAAGCGCAAACUCAGUAGUGACCUUCGAGCUCUCCGAAAUUCCUUUCAAGCGUUACGCGGAGAGCAUGACGACUUGCAAGACGAAUAUUCGAAUCUCAAACGACAGUCCUCACAGACCAUUGCCACUCAAAAGGCAGAUACCACCACGCUUUCUCGUCAAGUUGCGCUUCUUCAAGACGAAUUAGCAUCCGUCCAAGCCAUAGCCGAACAACGCAGUAAUGCUCUAGAAGAACUUCAACUGCAGUUUGAUGAGUUGAGCGAAGCCCAGGCUAACACCUCUCGUUUAUCGAGCGGUGGCGGUACCGAGGAGGACGAGAAUUGGUCCAUCGUGAGGGAAGAACUACAUCGCCAGGCCAAUCAUUUACGGACUGUCGAAACCGCGAAUGCGAAGAUGAACUCUGAGCUCAUUAUGCUGCGACACCGCAACACUAGUCUAGAAGUACUCAAGGAGCAAAAGCGCGAGUUGGAAAAGAAGGUUAGUGGAGUCGAGCAACUGAAGGAAAAAGUGGUCAGAUUGGAAGCGGAGCUGGACGCAGCAAGACAGGAAAGAGAAGACUGGGCUUCCAAGUCAGCGUCAACUCCCUCAGUUGCAGUCACGCAAAGUCUCUCAGAUCUUCGUCUCAAGUAUGCAACUUUGCUCGAAGAGAAUGGUUCCAACGUCGCUCUCCUACACCGCCGCGAGAAGGAACUUGAGGAUGCGCAGGAGCGUGAGAACGCGUUUGGGAAAAGGAUUGAGGAUCUGGAAGCUGAGAUCGAGUUGCUGAAAGAGGGUUUGACACGGGCUGAGCAAAGGGCCUCCCUGGCGGAAAGAGAGGUUGGAUUCCAGCAGGCUAUGUUGGCGAGCUUUACAGCUGAGGAAACUCACGACGGCGUGAACACAUCGAGGUUGGACGACGUCGCAAAGCAACGAGUCAGUCAGCUAGAAUCUCUCCUCGCCGACUACAAAGCGACUAUCGCGAAGCUAGAAUCCGAGAUCAAUGAUUUGACCGGCGACCUUUCGAGUACUGGAGGAGAUCGUCGACCACGAGUAGAAAUCAUCAAAGACCUUGAAAGCGAACGACACAAGCGAGAGGCCGCGGAAUCUGCUUUGCGAGAACUGGAGUCUACGACUGAAUCUCAGGUGGAACAGAUCGACAAACUAGAGCAGACGCUGUUCGAGCUACAAGGCGAGAUAGGAGGUGGACGCCAUAUUCCUCCGGGCGUCCGCGUUCUGUCACUUAGGGACAAUCCGGCGUCCCAGUGGGAAGACUUAAGCCGGAAAGCGUUGGAGCGUGUGAAGGACGAGAAUGAAGCUCUUCUCAAGAGGUUGAAAGAGCUCGAGGAGAGCGGCGUCAGGGGACGUGGUGGAAACGGCGGUCAGACAGGCGAGGAUGAAGAACUUGUGCCUCGGAAGAGUUGGGAGGCGGCAAUCCAGGAGAAGGAGGAGCUCGAAGAAGCAUUGAAACAGAAGGAAAAGCGUCUGAUACGCUUGAAACAGGUAUUUUCUGCCAAGACCGAUGAAUUCAAGGAAGCUAUAGCCUCCAUUCUUGGCGUCAAACUCGCUUUCUAUCCCAACGGUCAAGUGCGCGUUACUUCGCAAUUCGACUUGAAUGCUGCCUUCGUGUUCCAACCAACGAAGCCUCCAUCGGCGUCUUCGCUGGGCAAGAGUAAUUCAGAAGCCAUGACCAUGAAACUGGUAGCCAAGGGCGAAGGCGGUCCUGAGGAAUUACCGCAGCUCAUGCGAUACUGGGUCGAGCAGGAGCAAUGCAUACCUUGUUUCCUGGCCAGCGUCACUCUGGAGUGCUACGAGAAGAUGAAGAGGGAGGGUCUUAGGCCGGCCGUGUAACAUGUGAACAGCUGAGAGCUGGUAUCGUAUUGUAAGUUAUGUACUGGAACGCUUCGCGGAUGUAUAAUAUUGGGCGUUCUCAUGUGUACGCAUUCCGACGAACUAGGUCGACGCUUGAGCGGUGGAGUGAAGAUACUCAUGCAUGAGAGAAUGC